UGUAGUAGAAAGUACAUUUAUCUGUAGUUUUCUAAACAAACUUUACAAUGACCGAGUUUGAAACCACAAUUCUCAAUAUUUCUGAUACGGAGUCAUCAGACGAAGACAAUUUACCACCAAGAAAGAAGGCCAAAUUCAAAAGAAACUUCUUAGACUACUUUAAGGGUGCAAUUUAUGAAAACUUAACAAUUGCGGAGGAAAUUCUGAAGGCCGAAGGAGAGUUUCGUUUCAAAUCUGCCAAUCAAACCGAAUGUGGCAUGAAGCAUUUUUAUAAGUGCAAAGUAUCCAGCAAGUGUUCUGCUAAGCUAUAUCUGCUUCUCGCUGAAGACGGACAAGACGUAAUUCGUUAUCAGACCAACACUGCUCAUGACCACCUACAGAAAAAUAAAACAAGCGGAGUUCAAGGCCCAACGCGACAAUUAAUGGUCAAAUUGCUUAAAAAUGGCAUCUCGGGUCCCUCUCAAAUCCAAGCAAGUAUUCGUGAUUCCGGUCUUCCAAUACCAAAUCGAAAGCAAAUUUCAAAUGCCAAAGCCUACCUAAAAUCAAUUGAGGCCCCACGAAUUGUAUCAUUAGGGGACCUUGAAAAACAACUAUCUGCACUCCUAACAGAACCUACUAGCCAAGAUCAAACAAUUUUGGUAGGAAAGAUCAUUGACUUUGAAAAGAAAACAUUCCACUUCAUGCUAUCUACGCCAAGAUUGAUGCAAGUUCAUGUGGCACUAAAUAUGAGCCAAAAGUAUUAAUUGCUGAUUCAGCAGAAGCAAUCACAAACGGCUUCGAAUCAGUUUUUGGGAGCAACUUCGUUCGAGUGUAUUGUUGGUACCACGUGAGUGCAAAGAUCAAGGAUCGAUUAAAACAAAUAGAAUGUCCGGAAACCAGGCGUGAAUUAAAGUCUGACAUAGAUUUACUUCAGUUAGCAGAAGAUAAACUUGAUUUCGAUGCGGCUGUACAUUUGUUUAGGCAGAAAUGGUCCGGAGUUGAUGCCGUCAAAAACUUCGUUGGCUACUUUAUUGGAGAAUAUAUUGACCAAAGGUGCGGCUGGUAUGAAGGAACUGCCCCAGGGUUCCCUUCCACUAAUAAUGGACUCGAGUCAAUAAAUGGACUCAUCAAACGUCAGGGAACACUUCGGAAGAGGCUACCUCUUGGAGAAUUCGUCAACUGUAUCUCCAAGCUUCUAUCUGGUUGGUCCAGUGAGAGAGACCCUCAGUUACCGGAUUACAAACGAUUUAGACUCGAACCAGUUAUAACAAUUGCGGCCAUGACCGAUGCCUACAAUUGGCUUAAAGAUACCUCUCGUCCAUCAACGAGACAAAAAAAGAUUAACGAUACCAUAAUCAAGUUUUUCGUACCAGCCAAAGGAACAAGGUCACUAGAUGAAAAGGACAUAGCCAACUACAUUCAGCUUACAGAGAAAAAGUCGUGGAGAAAGUUCGAAACAUACCGGAAGACGAAAGAAAAGCUUUGGGUGAUAGAGUAUGAUAUUAUAAAUUGGAUGCAAUCCCGUUGCAAUUGUCCCAUGUUUAAAAAACAGCAUAUUUGUAAACACUUAAUUGGGCUCGCUGCCAACCGCAAAGAUUUUAAUAUUUCUGACGCCUGCAAAAAUGUUCCAAUUGGUAUAAAACGACGCCCAGGUCGCCCCAAACAAUGUAAACAAGCUCUUAUCGUUGAAUAAUUAUAUAUUUUUUAAUUACAUGUGUGAUCUGGGUUCAAAGAUCAUGUAAAUAAACAAAUUUUAAUAUCGGGAAAUUAAGGCACUUUUUUCAGUCGAUUUCUAUUUUUUUUCAACGUUUAAGGCAAACAUUCAGUCAAUCGUAAGGCAUAUUUAAUAAGGCCUGGUUUCAGUCAAAUAAGGCAGCCAUUAAAUACCACCCUUAACCAUUAUACUUUUGUGGUAAAUGAUAACCGCACGAUUUGGUUGUUCUAUGUAUCAUACUUGAAUUUGAAACAUGUUUUAUUAUUAUUUUUAACCAUCCUCAACCUCGUUGACACAAAAGCAUGACUCAUUUACUUAUGGAAUGUUGUUAAGUUUGAGAUAUUAGUGUUUGAGAUUUCGCAUCUGCUGCUGGGAGGAAGAAAGUGAAUCUUUUUCGGUUCAUGUGUACAUAUGC